GUGAUGGCUUCUAUCGCGUUCAUAGCGUUUGUUGUUUCAACUCGCCCGCUACUGAUUCUACGUACAUGUCAACUUCCGUAGCGGUUGGCUGGCAAGCACAGCGUUGGGCUUCUGCCGUCACUAAGUCAAGACCCCAUUGCUUUUGAAUCUGGCUCCAGCGGCCCUAGAACGUUCCUACGUCCGAAGACCUGUGGGACUGUUCACUUCACAAUGACCCACUGGCCUGUGAAGCUCCUGAAGUGGGUGCCUUUGAAGAGUGUAGUGCUAAUGGCGAAAGGGCAACCUUGGAAACUGCUGCCACGCGCCUGGGUGCAGGCGACCUUGAGGACACCAGCAGUCAUGUAGGCUCUGAGGCCACAAUUUCAUUUGUAGGCAUCAGGGCUGAAUGGGGCGCAGAAUUGCACGUGCAAGGAACUAGUCUUCUUUAGGCCAUCUUGCUCGAGGGGCAAGCAAAUUACACCUGCCAGUUUUGCCCGUUCAUGACGAAUGCCGAGGCUGGCAUGGCCACUCACAGGAGCAUUCACAGACGUGUCUCACCGCACAAAUGCGACGUGUGCGGACGCAGCUACGUGCGGCAGUCGACAUUGCUGUACCACAUACGCACUCACACGGGCGAGCAUCCGUACAAAUGCAGUUUGUGCCCGAGCACCUUUUUCUGUAGGAAGUCCCUGACCGAACACAAAAUCACGCACACGGACGAGAGGCCGUAUAUCUGCAGCGUGUGUGACCGAGCCUUCAAAAAUCUGAACUCACUGUUGUCCCACAGGCGCACACACACACAACCGGAGAACGUGUGCCCCGAGUGUACGGCAACAUUUGUAACGAAAAGCUCGCUGGAUCAUCACGUGAAUAACAAUCUUUUUUUGACUUCUUUUGACGAGUGCAAGGUUGUUGGUGCAGAAGGGUCAGAACAAGCUUAUGUUCCAGACACCUACUUAGUACCACUGCAUGCAAUCGCUGUCGCAUCCUUGAAAGACGGUGAGGAUGAUAAUGAAUUUAUUGCUAUGGAAGACAAGGAAGCACUUGCAGCAAUGAUCGAGUGCACGUCUGAACCUUUGAAGACCGCGGUGACCGAAAAGUCUUUGGGGGCGGCAGAGCUGCGGCAUGACGACAGAGCACUCGUACAGUUAUCGGCAGGGCAUCAUUGCCAGUCAAGCCUAUCAAGCACAUCAAGGAGCCCCCCGAGUAUGCCUGCCUGUUGUGCCCGUUCAAGACACGGCACCGGAGCUCUUUCAGGUCCCACCACUUGUUGCAUACGGGCGAGAAGCCGCACAAGUGCGAGGUGUGUGGCCGGGCCUUCCGGCUGUCCUACUCGCUGUUGCAGCACAUGCGCACUCACACAGGCGAAAGGCCAUACCACUGUUACGUGUGCGACCGCAGUUUCACUGUGCACUGCACCUGGCAGGAUCCACAUGCGCAAGCACACUGGCGAGCGACCAUAUCGGUGCGAGAUAUGCAACAAAGCAUUUGUGACUCUCUACACACUCAAAAAACAUUCGCACUUGCACUCCAGGGAGAAACCAUAGCACUGUGAUGGCUGUGCAAUCGCGGUAAAGUCCCACAAGGUUCGUCACUGCCAUAGUCGGUCGACUGGAGUCGGCACCGGCGUCUGUUAUGACAGGUAGAAAUGUCCAGAUGCUAUUAGCAUUGUCAAACGAGAACAUGAUGAAAGUUCACAAAGGUCAAGCAAUGAUGACAUGGCUGUGUCACAACCUCUAAAUGAGUUUUAAGCAUAAAGCAUACGGAGCUCGCCGGACUUUAAGCAUGUUCUUCAGCACUUGAUUGUUGCCAGAAAAUACCCCAUUUAUCAAAGAAUUACACGGUGACCUAUCUUUAAGACCAUGUUUGCUUUGUAAAUGGGCCUGGCAAGUGUGCUUCUUUGUCAACAUUCUUAUUUUAUUUUUUACACAUUUCAACUUUUGCUGCAAUAGUGCCCAUGUUUUGCUGAGACAUUAAGUUUUCGCAUAAGCGAAGAAGAGAACAUGUGUAACUUGUCUUGGAAGUCUACCAUUUGAAGAAGGAAAAAAAAAGCAGCCGACUGUAUCAGUGAUAUUUCCAUUACCUUGUACCCAUUCAAAUAUGAGUUCAAGUUAAUUUUUGUUAACUAUAUCUGAUGUUACACAUAUUCAACAUGCAGUAUUCUUCAGUGUGUGAAUGUGUGAUUAUGUGGUUUUGGUAUUUACUUACUUGGUUCCAAACGGAAUAAAGAAUUUGUUAGUCUGCCCCAGUGCUCGGAUCAUCUCUUCUUUGAGGUCUGUUCUGGUUUGCGCUAAAGUUUUUGCUUUGAAAUUUUCGAACGUAGCUUUGUUUUCUGAAAAAUCCUGAUCUCAUUGCAUUUCAUGUACUAUGCAAUGUCAGUGCACAUUAAAGAACACCAGAUGGUUGAAAUUUCAGCA